AUGGUCAUCCCCAACUCCUCACCCCAAUCCAAAGUUCCUUUGGAACGGGAUGAGCACGGAAAUCCGCGGUUUCAUGGCUGCUCAAAUAUUCGAGAGUUCGAAUUUCUAGGGAAGCUUGGAGAGGGUACAUUCGGCGAGGUGUACAAGGCCCGCUCCAAACGGUCGGGUGCCAUAGUUGCAUUGAAAAAGAUACUAAUGCAUAAUGAGAAGGAUGGGUUUCCUAUAACAGCCUUGCGGGAAAUAAAACUUCUCAAGAUGCUUUCGCAUCCGAAUGUUCUACAACUUCAGGAAAUGGCGGUUGAGCGUCCUCGAGGAGAAGGAAGGAAAAAACCUAGCAUGUACAUGGUCACUCCAUACAUGGACCAUGAUCUUUCAGGCCUUCUAGAAAACCCUAGCGUUCACUUUACCGAACCCCAGAUCAAGUGUUAUAUGCUGCAACUCUUAGAGGGUCUACGGUAUUUACAUGAGAAUAAAAUAUUACAUCGUGACAUGAAAGCUGCGAACCUUCUAAUCAAUAAUAAAGGCAUCCUUCAAAUUGCAGACUUCGGUCUAGCUCGACCAUAUGACGAAUCGCCACCCAAACCUGGCAAAGGAGGCGGUGAAGCAGUGAGAGAGUAUACAACGUUAGUUGUUACUCGAUGGUACAGGCCGCCAGAACUCCUACUUCACCUUCGGAAAUAUACUACCGCAAUCGACAUGUGGGGUGUCGGCUGUGUGUUCGGCGAAAUGUUCAAAGGAAAGCCAAUUCUCGCUGGCAGCAGUGAUAUAAACCAGGCUCAUCUCAUAUUCAGCCUUGUUGGCACCCCGACGGAAGAAAACAUGCCAGGAUGGAGUUCAUUACCGGGUUGCGAUGUUGUGAAGAAUUUCGGGAGUAUGCAAGGCAACCUUGCCACUGUUUUUAAAGAGCAAGGAGCAGGAGUUAUAUCUCUCCUCAGUGAGCUCCUUAAACUGGAUUGGCGCAAAAGGAUCAAUGCAAUUGACGCUCUUCAACAUCCAUACUUUCGCAGUCCCCCAUUCCCCGCGCGACCUGGCGAUUUGCCGAAAUUUGAAGAUUCGCAUGAGCUUGAUAGACGGAAAUUCCGCGGCCAGAAAGCCGCUUUACCCCCUGCCCCUGCAGGGGGUUCAGUAGGCAUGGGUCCAAACGGCGAAUGGACCUCUGGAUCAGGAUUGAGGCAAAACUCCGACCAGAAAUUGAGCCGAAUUCCGAAUGUAGCUCGUGGCCCUCCAACAAAUGGAGCUUCCGUAGCCCCUCGGCGACAGUUCGACAACCGCGUCCCGGACGUCGCACAGCCGCAGAGAAAACUGGCCUCUGAUGAACCACGCGGACAUCUUCCGGCUUGGCAACGAGAUUCCACGCUGCCCCCUAAACCACCCGUAUCUUCCUACCAUCCAUGGACGGCCGGCCAGGCGUGGCGAGGAGACAGUCGUCUCGAACCCAGACGAGAUGGCCCACCACCUCGCAGGGAGAGUGGUCUGGAUUCAUACAUCCCAAACUAUGAUGGGCCAGCUGACCGCUUCAAAGGCCGGGACGAUGGUAGACGAGAUACUGCAGAGCUACGGGAUUAUGAUCGGGAUCGUUCGAGAAGACGAAGUCGAAGCCCAGAACCCAGACAUAGAACUCGAUCUCGGGAAAGCAAUUCCUACUAUGAUCUUCACCGGCGGUGAUCACUUUAGUCGCCGCUUACUAAAACCCGCAGUAUUUCAUAUGGAGAAGUCUCAAAUAUCAAUACUAUUUGAGCUCCCACCUUCCGCUUACUUUUAUCAUUUAAUCAAAUUUAGCUUGAGGCAUGCUUAACCAAGUUUACUUUAAUGAAAUAUGCCAUGGAAAAUGUCCGCUUCGGUUUUAACCUGGCAGCAUGGACGGGUUGUUUGGUGGCGUCGCUCUCUGCGUAUUGGUGUUUUUGGCCCUCGAAUGAAAAGACGCAGUGUAUUUUAAAAUAGCACUUCACACGAAUAGAGGUGAUGUUGUCAUGUUACCCCCCAUCUUUAAGUAGUUAAUGACGUGGAUAAACAAGUACACGUGUAUUACUUCCAUCAGACAAACGAUCC